AUGCCACGAGAUGCGGAACCGUCGCUGAGCGAGAAGACUUUUGUCGCAAAGGCGCUUGACGAAGGUCUGCGCCUAGACAAUCGCAAGUUUGAACAGUUCCGGCCUUUGGAGCUCACUUUUGGAGAUGAGUUUGGCGUUGCGGAUGCCAAAAUCGUCGCCAGAGUCUCGGCAGAGGUAACAGUGCCCUUCACGGACCGCCCCUUUGACGGUAUAUUCACCAUAUCCUCGGAACUGAGCCCCAUGGCGGCGCCUUCAUUCGAAGUGAACCGCCCGACAGAGCAGGAAGUCCUCCUUUCGAGGAUCCUCGAAAAGACCAUCCGCCGCUCCGGCGCCCUCGACACCGAGUCGCUCUGCCUCGUCGCCGGCCAGAAGUGCUGGUCCGUCCGCGCCGACGUCCACGUCCUCUCGCACGACGGCAACCUCCUCGACGUGGCGUGCUUCGCCGUCGUCGCCGCCCUCCGGCACUUUCGCAAGCCGGAGACCACCAUGGACGGCGAGACGCUGACCGUUUACACCCCGGCAGAGCGGGAGCCCGUGGCGCUCAGCUGGCUGCACUCGCCGUUUUGCGUGACGUUUAGUUUUUUCGGCCACGACGGGGAGACGGUGCUGAUGGACACCACGUGGCUGGAGGAGCAGCUGAGGGUGACCAGCUGUACCUUUAGUCUGAACAAGCAUGGCGAGAUAUGCCAGGUGUCGAAGCUGGGGGGUGCGGAUGUGGACGCGCCCCUCUUCGUGAGGUGUGCGCAGUUGGCAUUGGACAGGGUCAAGGUGUUCACGGACCUGGUGGAUAGGAAGUUAAUGGAGGAUGGGAAGAGGAGAGAUAAGGGAGGGUUGAUGGCCGAGUUAAAGGCAGAUAAUGAUAGAUGA